AUGGCGAGUACAAACACGAUUUUCAUUGCUGUAAUUGGCGCGGGUGGGGUGGGAAAGUGCUUCUUGGCUCAGCUCCGACAUCUCGCCGUCCGCCGACCUUCCCCCAAGUUGAGUCUCUGUUACAUUGCUACCAGCCGCAAAGCGCUCUACAACGACGACUACUCGGCCAUCAAUUUGGAAAAUGUCAUUCAAGUCCUGGCCGCUUCCUCUAGGGCUCCCCAUGCUCUGACCGACCUCGUUGCCUACCUGACCAAGGCACCCGGCAAAGCCGUAAUCGUUGACAAUACAAGCUCCCAAGAGGUUGCUGAAGCAUACCCCACGGCUCUGAAGGCGGGUAUUAGCAUCGUAACCCCAAACAAGAAAGCUUUCUCUGGGUCAUAUCAACUGUGGCAGGAUAUUUUCCAGGCUUCCGCCGCUUCUGGAGCCAAGGUCUACCACGAGUCGUCCGUUGGCGCUGGUUUGCCCGUGAUUUCGACUUUGAAGGACCUUGUAGAGACUGGCGACCAAGUCACAAAGAUUGAAGGUGUUUUCAGUGGUACCAUGUCGUUUCUCUUCAACUCCUUUGCUCCUGUCGCUGGUGGUGGCGGCAAGUGGUCAGAGGAAGUCAGGAAGGCCAAGGCGCUUGGCUACACAGAGCCGGAUCCUCGUGACGACCUCAACGGCUUAGAUGUUGCCCGAAAGUUGACCAUUUUGGCUCGUCUAGCUGGUUUGCCCGUUGAAUCACCAGCCUCCUUUCCCGUGGAAAGCUUAAUCCCCAAGGAGCUAGAGUCUUGCUCCAGUGGGGACGAGUUCAUGGAGAAGCUUCCAUCAUUUGAUCAGCAAAUGGAAGAGAAGAAGAAAUCCGCUGGAGAUAAGGUUAUUCGAUUUGUCGGCAGCAUCGACGUCGGUGCCAAGCAUGUCAAGGUCGGCCUUCAGACCUUUGAUCCAUCCCACCCCAUUGCUGCGCUAAAGGGUAGCGACAACAUCAUCAGCUUCCACACAAAGCGGUACGGAAGCAACCCCCUCAUUGUUCAAGGUGCUGGCGCUGGCGGAGAUGUUACUGCCAUGGGCGUAACCGCGGACUUGAUCAAAGUUGUUGGCCAGCUUGCCUAA